GUCACCUUGCUUCACUUCGACUUCCAACAUGUCUGCAGAUUCCUGGCCCCCGCAACUCAAGACAUGGGUGGCGAAAUGUUUGGGACAAAUGACGGACACCAACAGAUCGGAGGCGCAAGCUGAAUUACGACAGGUCAUCGCAGACUCCUUCGCGGCCCAUGAACUCUGGACGACGGACUGGGAAGCUGUACAGCUCAAAGCCUUGCAACCCAAGCCACCACCCCAGAUAAAUCUCAAACGCAAACUUCAAGAUAUUACUCCAAUAUCGAAAAAGGCCAAGAAAGCGCAGAAGAACAACACCCCUCUACUAGAUCCGGAUGACCGCGCUGCGCUCGACAAGAGAGCUCAAAGGUUCCAACGAGAGCAUGAUAUUGAGCGAGAGAAGGGACGUAACGCAGGGUCGAGUCUCAGGGCGAAUCAGAAUAACUCGCAUUUGUUCUCCCAUCCAAGAAGCGAGUCGCCGAUGGAUCAGGAUGCAAAUCCCAAUGUGAUGGACUGGGAUCGGCAUACCAUCGUGGGAACUUCAACCGAGAAGUUCAAGGACUAUCUGCGAUUGACGACUGAACCAAAACCUGAACAAAUCCGUCCGUAUCACAUACUGAGAGAAACACUGGAGGAGUUGAAGACCCGAUUCCGCCAAGAGCCUAGACCACCAUACAAUUGGACGUGCAGUCAAUUCAAGAGCCUGCGUCAAGACCUCACCGUUCAGCGAAUUAAGAAUGAGUUCACAGUGCAGGUCUAUGAAAUACAUGGCCGAAUUGCACUAGAACAUGGUGACAUGGUCGAGUACAAUCAGUGCCAGGCGACCUUGAAGACAUUGUAUGAACUGGGCCUCCCUGGACGAGUGGAUGAGUUUGCCGCAUAUCGGAUACUCAUGCUUCUCCACGGCCGUAACAGGAGCGAGUUGAAUUUUUUUGUAGGUCAACUAACCCCGAAACAGAAAACAGACCUCGCGGUGGUGCACGCUCUCAAGGUGCAGCGGGCUCUUGCUACAGGCAACUAUCAUGCUCUCUUUCAGUUGUAUUCCACUGUGCCAAACAUGGGAGCCUAUAUCAUGGACCAUUUUGUUGCCCGUGAGAGGGUCAAGGCCCUGCUUGUGAUUACCAAAGCCUAUCGCACAAUCUCUCUUGUUUUCAUUCAGCAAGAGUUGGCAUUCGAUGGCAUUGACCAAGCGCGCGAAUUUUUGGUCGAACACUCUGCUGCAUGCUUCACUGAUCAGACAAGUCCCGACUCCCAGAAGACGCUGGAUUGCCGGCUGGCCGGUGCCCAGUUAAGCCAGGUCUACGAAACAAAGUACCGCAAAGUCGGAAUCAAAGGUGCAAUAUGA